UACACACUGUAGCUCUGCGACAACAUGCCACCUCUCACUCACUACCCUCAACUUUUUCUUCCUUCUUAUUCACUGUCCCGUCCCAUGUAGCAACCACACCUUCACACACACAUGCUUUCCUACAAUACAAUUCCCUCUCUUCGAUUCCCACUUCACAUAUUAUUCCUCUUCCCACCUUCUCUCCUUCAUCAUCUUCUGCAAUGCCUUUCACAAACUUCAAGUAGCACUCCCACAGUUCAGUUCUGUUAACAUCAUCGUGUGUGCAGUGAAUGGGGUUAUCUUCUUUGCACGUCUGCAUGGAUUCGUCAGAUCAUUGGUUGCAGGGCACAAUUCACGAGGAGUCUGGAAUGGAUUCUUCUUCUUCACCCUCUGGGGACAUGCUUACAUGCUCAAGGCCCAUGAUAGAGAGGAGGCUAAGACCCCCACAUGACCAAGCUCUAAAGUGCCCCAGGUGUGACUCAACCCACACCAAGUUCUGCUACUACAACAACUACAGUCUCUCUCAGCCAAGGUACUUCUGCAAGACCUGCAGAAGGUACUGGACCAAAGGAGGCACUCUUAGGAACAUUCCUGUUGGUGGAGGCUGCAGAAAGAACAAGAAAGUCUCUGCAAAAAAAUCCAAUGACCACCCAUUAGUUAACAAUCAAAUUAGUCAAACACAGCCCCCACCCUCCUCCUACCAUCACAACCCCAAAGACCUUCAACUCUCUUUUCCAGAUGUACAAUUUUCCCACCUCAGCAACUUGCUUGGGACGAAUGCAGGGUCACUGGGAAACCCUAGCUUUAUGGAGGGUAAGUAUGGUAUUGGCAUGAUCGAGAACCCUAGGCCAAUUGACUUCAUGAUGGAGAGCAAGCUGGAGGGCAUAAUUGGGAGUGGUAGUUCUAGGAAUUUUGAUUUUUUUGGAAACAGUGACAUGGGCAUGGGUGCUGGGCUGGGAGAUAUGCAUGGUAAUGCUCAAAAUGGGUUGCCACCAAAUUUUCACGGUCUUUGCCCCUCAGCUUUUGGUGGCAUGUCUAUGUCUCUUGAUGGCAACAACACUGGCAAUGGUGCUAAUAACUACUUAAUGGACUCUUGCCAACGCUUGAUGCUGCCAUACGAUGCCAAUGAGGACCAUAAUGCCUCAAUUGAUGUGAAGCCAAACCCUAAACAGCUAUUGUCCCUCGAAUGGCAAGACCAGGGUUGCUCUGAUGCAGGCAAAGAUUCUUUUGGGUAUCUCAACGGUCCAGGAUCAUGGACUGGCAUGAUGAACGGCUAUGGAUCUUCCACCACAAACCCUUUGGUCUAAAAUCCAAAUCUCAAGUCACAACUCAGGUGAUGAUGAUGUGCAUGGAUAUGAUCGACGGCUAAUCUCUCUCUUGGCUUGGUUCUUUUGACCAAUGACCUAUAAUCAAUGACCAUCAUCACUUUCACUCCGUAUAUUUUAUUUUAUAUGAUAUUAUUAUUAUAUUA